UGUUUUGGUGAGUCAAGUUCAUCCGGAAGACAAUAUCCAACAGUAAUAGAAGAGUUGUGUCGUCAUUUUUCUCUUGCUGAUAUUCAGAAGUCAACCAACAAUUUUGAUCAUAAGAGACUAAUUGCACGAGGAUGGGUUAAAGUAUACAAAGGUUGUCUCCAGCAUAUUGAUGGUUCUGAUUACGCAGUCACAGUGAGGCGAUUUAAUGUUGAAGACAUUGAAAUGUUCAAAAGAGAAGUAGAGUUACUGUGUCAGCUUCAUCAUCCAAAUUGUGUGUCUAUUGUAGGAUUUUGCAACCACAUAAAAGAGAAGAUCACUGUGCACGAAUACAAUAGAUCUCUACUUUACUACCUCCUAGAUGAGGUUAGGGAAACACUGCCAUGGAAAAAAAGGAUAGAGAUUUGCAUAGGAGCAGCGCGUGGACUACACUACCUUCAUGCCGGACUCAAGCGCACCAUCAUUCACCGCAGCAUCAAUUCUGCCAGCAUUCUUUUGGAUGACAACAUGCACCCAAAACUCUCAAGUUUCGGCCUUAGCAUAAUGGGAGCACAUUUCAAAGAAAAGUCAAAACCAAUACAAACGGAUCUUGUAGGUAAUUGUUCUUUAAGUAUGUUAUUGUAUCGUAAUACAUUGAUGAGAUUCUUUGACUCCAAAGAACAUAAGAGGAUCGAGCUGCUGGAGGCCGACCUAGAGAAGGCCAAGAGGGAGUCAGCUGAUGCAAGCAACCGCCUGACCGUCGCCCGGGACGAUCAUGAACGACUCCUGGAGGAGUGCAGCCAACUGAAGACGAAGGUCGCUCGUCAAAGAAGCUCUAAGGUCGGACUCCUCAAGUCAAACCAAGCUCUGAUCGAUGAUCUCGCGAAGGCAAGGGAGAAGAUAUCUGAAUUAGAGGCGGUCGAUCUCAACUCCAUGGCUGAUGACGAGGGGCCGGAGACUGAAGGGCCCUCUGGUGCCGCGGGAGCUGACGAGACGGUGGAGGUCGAACAUGACGAUGAAGAGGCGAAUGACGACGAUAAUUGA